AUGGUGAAAGCGGACGUACGGAGGGAUUACUAUGCCGAGCUGGGGCUCGGCCCCAGCGCGGAGGCUGAUGACAUCAAAAAGCAGUUCAGAAGAUUAGCACUCAAAUGCCACCCCGACAGAAACCCUGGCAAGGAACAAGAGUUCAACGCCAAAUUCCAAGCUAUCCAAGCUGCCCACGAGAUCCUCAGUGACCCCCAACAACGUCUGAAAUACGAUACAGAUCGACUACGUGCAGGGUACGGCAAGGUUUACGGCCCUCCAAAGUCAGCUCCCCAGCGCAAACCGCCUCCUCCAACAGCUGCGCCAAAGCCACAGAAGCCGAAAGCACCACCAUAUAGCUCCGCGUGGACUCCGAACGGGGCCUCGACAGGAGCACAACGAUAUUCAGCUCAUGCACGCGCGGGCCCCCAGCAAUGGAAGACGCAAGACGAGGCGCAAACAAGAGCAGACGCGUUUAAAGGAUUCUCGGGCAUGAGGGGAUCUAACCCUUCUUCCAAAUGGCAGUCCUUUGAUCCGCAAACUGGGCGUGCAACACCCACCCCCGGUACUACACCGCGGCAACAGAACGCGCCCUUUGGCGGAGACAGGGAUUUGCCCCCCGGGACCCCUGGUGGAGAUGAACCACCGGCUGCCAAUACGUCAGCCUACACCAGUACUCGAAGUGACCGCCCAAGUAGUAUGUAUUUUGAAUCUGCGCCGCCGCCCACUGCAAAGAAGCCCACUGCCCCCGAGCCGGGCAGGUAUGGCGAUGAUUUUGAACGGGCAAGCAGCCGAUACGCUGCAACGGGAGGCGAGAAAACUUUCUUCUCGAGUGCAGGUCUUGGACGAUCAUCGACUAUGCGUACGCCUUCGGGGUCCUACCGUGCAUCGAAUUCAAAGACUACCCCGCCUAGCCCUGUCUACGCCGAAUCUGGUAGGCACCGUAGCGCAAGCCCAAAGGUCAGGAGGAGACCAGAUAUCUCGCCUGCCUCAUCUACAAGUUCAAGCGAGCCCGACACCGAUGAUGAGAUACUCCGUUCGAAUUCCAGUCAACCUAAACCCAAGGCAGUCCCUAAGAGUCGACUCCGGCCUCAUCAAAAGUUUUCCGACUUCUAUAGAGGUGACGACUCUAGCUCUGGAACCGGUAAGAGCUCUUGUACCCAUUCAGAACGACAAAGCUUUGGUCUAGCGCCAACUCUGCCGCAAAUGAAUUUUCGCACGCGUCCGGUCCUCCGCGGAUUCGAAGACUUAGUCUCUGAUACUGACGACGAUUAUGAAUAUCAAGGACACAAUUCGGACAGUGCUGCCUUUACUCGAGGCUCCAAUCGCCCGCAACAACCGGACCAGCAUCAAGGCUUCUCCACUCGAAAUGACGAGGAAAGACAAACAUUCGAACGACGCAGCUCUAGCGACUUGAACGGUCUGCACAAAAAGUUCUCCGCCGAGGACUGGAGAGAGCACUUCGAAAAGUUUGAUUUCAUGGGAGCCGCCGCUAAAGAAAAGGAAGCACUGCGACGGUCGAGGCAGAACCGUGCAUCAGCACAACCUCACAAUGGGUCGGCUGAAUCAAUGGGAUCAGGUGGCUCUUCCGGGUCCAAUCGUGCCGGCUCCAGCUCUUCCAGCACGCCUCAGCAACCACCUACCCAGUUUGCUCAAGCGAAAUUCUCCGCAGAUCAGUGGUCUGAACAACUACGCUCUAUGUCAUGGAACAUUCCUGAUACUGACCAGAAUCGCCAACCAACGAAUCCCCCGCCGUCUCGCAGCCCAAAGAGACCCACGAGGCCAGCUAGCAAGCUACGAAGCACACCCCAGCAACCAAGCGUAACGGCAGAGGUCGACGAGGAACAUCACACGGUUGAUGGACAUGGUCAGAGCCAAAGCCCUCACGCACCGCCCAACGAACCCAAUCAGCACUCGAUGCAGAAGCGAUGGAUAUUGACGAAGACAUCCCUUUCAUGUCUGGCCCAGUGGCGUCUGGUCCCGACCCCCAGCCGCCAAGCCCAAAACCGCAGCCGUCAACUCAAUCCAACUCCAAGCCGAAGCCAGAGGGUUACCCCCCCCACUUUUGACUUUGACAAUAUCCGCAAAACGGCACCGUUCACCAACACGAACAAUGGAGGCAUCGACGACUUGGCCGAUAUGCAAACCCACCUGCCCUUCGAGUCCCGCGCUCGACGGAACACCACGAGCCAGAUCCGCCCACGCAAGCUCGACGUACCAAAUCCACCCAAGCGCCCCAAGGCACCAUCUCCCGUCCUCUCGCAGCCAGGCUCCAAUAUCUUUGUCUUGCCACGUGACAAGUGGCAAUACUACGUGUCGGCAAUGAGCGCGUACAUGCACGAAUGGAACAAAUUCAAUCAGCGAAUGCUACUCCAUUUCAACACCAGACAAGAGGCAAACGAGACGGGACUUUCACCGGGCUGGAUCAGUGCUGUCGGGGACUCCACCCGUUUACAUAUCAACGGGGAAGACGACACAGAUACCGACAGGAGCGGUGUCCAAGACGCAGACCCGGGCGAGAGCGACGAGCUUGUCCCCAAUGUCCCCAAGGGGGGCUUCAGCGCCUAUCUGCGCGGUAUCGAAGAGGAUAACCAGGUACGCAAGCACUGGGAGGUGGCGUGCGAAGGGCACCGCGAUUGCAUCAUGGAUCUGGGGCGCCUGCGUGAAUGGAUUCGGAAUGGCGGGAAGGUGGUAUAA